AUGUGGCAGGACAUAGUGUGGAUGGCCACACAUCGUGUGCCUAUCAAUGCUGGUCAAAUUCGAACAAUUCGGAAAGAACUGCCCUAUGACAGCCCGCCAAAGACAUUUCCAUUCACAGUGACAGUGGGCGUCGAACCAGAAACUUUGGAGCAGCGGCCUGAAGGAGGUUGGGCGAGGCUCAGCCCGGCAGAGCCAGUUCAUGCAAUGCUUUUUGCCAUGCAGGAAGCCAUUGAAAAAGGUGCCGAGCCUGUCUUGAAAGAGUGGCGACGUCUUUGCUUGACAACAAGUUUCUCUUUUGAAAACGUUCCUUUGGGGGAAGCCCGCUUUUGGAGAGCACAGAAUUUGCGGGAACAAGCUGUACAACAUGGCUUGGUGGUGCGCAUGUCGGUCAGACAGCGCAUCUAUGAUGUUGCUGGUUUCAAACUUGCACGAGAAAAGCAAACAGGGCACGAUUUUGGAGCAGAAAAAGUAGCCCAGCUGUACACCCAACAUUUGAAGCUGGCUGCCGACAGUGAACCCAUCAGCAAGACAUUUGUGGAGGAUGCUUGUGCGAUUCACAGACGCCUCCUGUCUUUAGAGCCUUGCGCAAAACUUCUGGAAUGGGCUGACCGUGAACUUCUGAUCUACAACCCUUGGAAGAGCAUCUACAGCCUGAAGGCUUUGCUGGACAGAGCAUCCAGCAGUGACAACCUCAUUUGGUGCAUGGAAGGUCUGAUGGAUGCUUGGCGCAUGAAAAUCAUUGAUCAAUCGGCAUUCUAUGUGGCAAGGCUGAAGGAUCCCAGAAACAGUUACUGUGAAGUCUUGAAGCUCAAGAAGCAGGUUAAAGAACACUUGCUGGGAGAUUGGCUCCAAGGCCAAGAGGUCGAUUCCAAGUGGAAGAGCCUGCUUCGUGAAAUUUUUGCUUCCUUUGACAUGGUGCGCAAGAAGUUCAGCGCUUACCCCGACCAUGCGCUCCCAGACACUGCAUGGCAAGUCGGUUGCCCUGAAUCGGUCAGCCUCUUUGCCGACCUGCUUGACCAGCUGGUCUAUGGAGACUCUUUCGAUCCGCGCUUCAAGGAUGCUGUGAAGUCCAAACACGCUGUAGAAGACUUUCUUGCUUACCCGAGCGUGGAGAAGCCACUUGCCAACGUCGAAGCCCAAAUCCGCUCAGAAAAACGCCCUCCAAGUGCUGGCCAGCCACAGGCAGAAGCGUCUAACCCUGAGCCUGACGCUGCGGCUGCUUCGGCCGAAACUGAAACGGCAGAAGCGGCUGAUUCGGCUGCAUCGGCUGCUGCGGCCGACGACCAGCAUAGCCAACUCACAGAGGAGGAGCAACAGCAGUGGAGGCAGCACAUGCUGAGAACGUUGCAAGGUCAUGUGCGAUUUGUCACUGAUGGCAAAAACCAAGCGGAACUUGAACAAAACUUGAAGGAUUCAGGCUUGGCAACAAUCAAAGGUGACAAUAGCCUUGGUCAAGUGCUCUUGAUUUUUGAUAUCAAAAAAUAUGGUGAGCCGUCGACCCGGCCAGACCUACGCGUUCCAACCCUCAGAGAAGGUAUGUACAACCGCUUGGUCAGGGCCGUCUUGAACGCCCGCUCCUCUGAAGGCCCCGGGACACUUGGACCAGGAGAUAUUGGGCUAGUUUUCGAUGGUGGAAAGCAAGGUAACAAGAACAAAUUCCUUGCACCUUGGAAAGAAGGCACAGUCAAAGAAGGAAAGAAAAAUCAAGCAGAAGAUGACAAUGAAGGUGAUGAAGGGGAGGAAGGAGAUGAAGACGAAGAAGAUGGCGAUGACAAGCCCAAUUUGGUGUGCGACAAGCUCCUCCUCACCUACACAGAAGAAAGCUUAGCUGCUCGAAAGCAACGGGUCCGCGGCACUGGAACGCUGAAGCAACUCGAGACAGCUUUGGUGCUCACUUCCAGGCGGCUGUCUUUGCCACCCCGCGACCGCAAACACUUCCCUGGCAGCACCAAUGGUGACCUCAUCUCUGGCAUUGCUUGGCCGAAGCACUCAGAAGAGUGGCAGAUCCCUUGGAAGGAAAAGAAAGAGUGCUAUGGCAAACGCCACUUGAUAGCGGUAGGAGGAAAAACAGAGCAUGCCGGCGAUGAAGGAAAGCAGGGGAACCGCGGAAACAAUGAAGCAGAGCCAUUUUGUUACCACAGCGCACCAGAAGCUUUUUUGGAAGAGAUUCUCCAUGGAUACUACGUGAAGAGCGUAGUGGACAUGACGCCCGCCGACGGGAAGCUGGCGUUCGUGUGCUUGAGACAACGAAUUGGCUAUUGCGGAAUUUGCUACAACGACACCCACGCAAAAACCCUUGAAAAAAGGAUGCUGCAGCGACUUGAGAAAGAGAUGGUGGACAGCAGCAGCCCACUCUUUUCUUCUGCCUACUCCACCGCCCUUGGAAAUGGCACUGCCGAGACUGUCACAGCGAAUUGCGAGUGCAAUUCCUCCGCUGCACCGUCACUCCCCGGUGAAUUCGCCAUCGGGACGGGACUCCGACGCACUGCAAUGCCACCGGAGGAUCGGCGGACGACUCGAGGAACAUGGGAAAACGUCAUCUGUGGUGAGGAUCAGCAAGUUGGCACCUUGCCGUUGGAGUCAGCAUCCAACUCAGGCCCAGAAGUUGUGCUGCUCAGAUCUGCUGCUCAGAUCCUCAGAUCUGCUGCUCAGAUCAUGUCAGAUCCAAGACUUCCCUUCACCACCAAAAAUGGGGAGCCCAUCACCCAGUGGAUCCUUGGCACCGAUCAACUCCAGAAGAGCUUGGAAGUCUGCCUUCAGGUGGACCGGCAGCCCCCACCUGCUUUGACGCUGACUCGAGGUCCUGCGGCGAGAAGCCAUCGAGACGAUGGCCCCUUAGAUUCGUCACCCACUUUGAAAAGCAGAGAUGAAAGGCUGGAAGAGAAAGUGUCCGCGUUAGAAGAAAAGGUGGCCCGCCUGACAGAAGCUGCAUCUUCCAGCAGCAACACACCCGGUGCGUUCCUGCCAAAGACAAAUUGGGGCGGCGGCGGGCACCGGCCCACCAGUGAUGAUCCUGGUUUUGUGUCGGAGCAUCUCAUCAAAGUCCACGAUGCCUUGAAAGUUAUCAGAGAACACCCUGUGUUCAAAGAUCUGGAAAGCGCCAAGCCGCUGUCCUUGGCACAAGGCAGCACUCAAGCGCCAUUUGACUUGCAAGCUGCCAAGCGAGCUGUGGGAAGCGAAGCCGGUUGCUACAAGUGCGGAUGCAAUUUUAUGUGGCAGGACAUAGUGUGGAUGGCCACACAUCGUGUGCCUAUCAAUGCUGGUCAAAUUCGAACAAUUCGGAAAGAACUGCCCUAUGACAGCCCGCCAAAGACAUUUCCAUUCACAGUGACAGUGGGCGUCGAACCAGAAACUUUGGAGCAGCGGCCUGAAGGAGGUUGGGCGAGGCUCAGCCCGGCAGAGCCAGUUCAUGCAAUGCUUUUUGCCAUGCAGGAAGCCAUUGAAAAAGGUGCCGAGCCUGUCUUGAAAGAGUGGCGACGUCUUUGCUUGACAACAAGUUUCUCUUUUGAAAACGUUCCUUUGGGGGAAGCCCGCUUUUGGAGAGCACAGAAUUUGCGGGAACAAGCUGUACAACAUGGCUUGGUGGUGCGCAUGUCGGUCAGACAGCGCAUCUAUGAUGUUGCUGGUUUCAAACUUGCACGAGAAAAGCAAACAGGGCACGAUUUUGGAGCAGAAAAAGUAGCCCAGCUGUACACCCAACAUUUGAAGCUGGCUGCCGACAGUGAACCCAUCAGCAAGACAUUUGUGGAGGAUGCUUGUGCGAUUCACAGACGCCUCCUGUCUUUAGAGCCUUGCGCAAAACUUCUGGAAUGGGCUGACCGUGAACUUCUGAUCUACAACCCUUGGAAGAGCAUCUACAGCCUGAAGGCUUUGCUGGACAGAGCAUCCAGCAGUGACAACCUCAUUUGGUGCAUGGAAGGUCUGAUGGAUGCUUGGCGCAUGAAAAUCAUUGAUCAAUCGGCAUUCUAUGUGGCAAGGCUGAAGGAUCCCAGAAACAGUUACUGUGAAGUCUUGAAGCUCAAGAAGCAGGUUAAAGAACACUUGCUGGGAGAUUGGCUCCAAGGCCAAGAGGUCGAUUCCAAGUGGAAGAGCCUGCUUCGUGAAAUUUUUGCUUCCUUUGACAUGGUGCGCAAGAAGUUCAGCGCUUACCCCGACCAUGCGCUCCCAGACACUGCAUGGCAAGUCGGUUGCCCUGAAUCGGUCAGCCUCUUUGCCGACCUGCUUGACCAGCUGGUCUAUGGAGACUCUUUCGAUCCGCGCUUCAAGGAUGCUGUGAAGUCCAAACACGCUGUAGAAGACUUUCUUGCUUACCCGAGCGUGGAGAAGCCACUUGCCAACGUCGAAGCCCAAAUCCGCUCAGAAAAACGCCCUCCAAGUGCUGGCCAGCCACAGGCAGAAGCGUCUAACCCUGAGCCUGACGCUGCGGCUGCUUCGGCCGAAACUGAAACGGCAGAAGCGGCUGAUUCGGCUGCAUCGGCUGCUGCGGCCGACGACCAGCAUAGCCAACUCACAGAGGAGGAGCAACAGCAGUGGAGGCAGCACAUGCUGAGAACGUUGCAAGGUCAUGUGCGAUUUGUCACUGAUGGCAAAAACCAAGCGGAACUUGAACAAAACUUGAAGGAUUCAGGCUUGGCAACAAUCAAAGGUGACAAUAGCCUUGGUCAAGUGCUCUUGAUUUUUGAUAUCAAAAAAUAUGGUGAGCCGUCGACCCGGCCAGACCUACGCGUUCCAACCCUCAGAGAAGGUAUGUACAACCGCUUGGUCAGGGCCGUCUUGAACGCCCGCUCCUCUGAAGGCCCCGGGACACUUGGACCAGGAGAUAUUGGGCUAGUUUUCGAUGGUGGAAAGCAAGGUAACAAGAACAAAUUCCUUGCACCUUGGAAAGAAGGCACAGUCAAAGAAGGAAAGAAAAAUCAAGCAGAAGAUGACAAUGAAGGUGAUGAAGGGGAGGAAGGAGAUGAAGACGAAGAAGAUGGCGAUGACAAGCCCAAUUUGGUGUGCGACAAGCUCCUCCUCACCUACACAGAAGAAAGCUUAGCUGCUCGAAAGCAACGGGUCCGCGGCACUGGAACGCUGAAGCAACUCGAGACAGCUUUGGUGCUCACUUCCAGGCGGCUGUCUUUGCCACCCCGCGACCGCAAACACUUCCCUGGCAGCACCAAUGGUGACCUCAUCUCUGGCAUUGCUUGGCCGAAGCACUCAGAAGAGUGGCAGAUCCCUUGGAAGGAAAAGAAAGAGUGCUAUGGCAAACGCCACUUGAUAGCGGUAGGAGGAAAAACAGAGCAUGCCGGCGAUGAAGGAAAGCAGGGGAACCGCGGAAACAAUGAAGCAGAGCCAUUUUGUUACCACAGCGCACCAGAAGCUUUUUUGGAAGAGAUUCUCCAUGGAUACUACGUGAAGAGCGUAGUGGACAUGACGCCCGCCGACGGGAAGCUGGCGUUCGUGUGCUUGAGACAACGAAUUGGCUAUUGCGGAAUUUGCUACAACGACACCCACGCAAAAACCCUUGAAAAAAGGAUGCUGCAGCGACUUGAGAAAGAGAUGGUGGACAGCAGCAGCCCACUCUUUUCUUCUGCCUACUCCACCGCCCUUGGAAAUGGCACUGCCGAGACUGUCACAGUGCCUAACCCAAAACCAAAGCCAAGGCCCAAAGCCAAAGGCGCUGCCAGUAAACCCAAGUCCAAGCCAAAGGCAAAACAGAGACCCAAGGCCAAAGCAAAGAGCGGAAACAAGCGGCCUCGUGAAGACGACGGUGCAGAGGACCAGGAUCAAGAAGAAGGUGAGUCGGAGCAAGGGGAAGAAAAGGAAGACGAAGAAAAUGUUUGGGACCCGUUGGAGGACUGA